UGGCACAUGCACCAAUCUAUCCUGCACACACACACACACCCGUUGCUGCUGGUGGUUCACAGAGCUGGAAAGGUUGAUGACUGCUGCCUAGACCAUUUCAGAUAAUGGCUGUCCAAUCCUUUCUUAAAAACCUCCAAUGAUGGAACAACCACAACUUCUGAAGGCAAGCUGUUCCACUGAUUACUUGUCCUAACUGUCAGAAAAUUUCUUCUUAGUCCUAGGUUUGUUUAGAAAUGUGUCCUAGGUUUGUUUAGAAGGUGGCAAGGACAAUUAAAAUAUUCCAGAAAUUAGUUAAAAAGGUGAAGGGAGGGCUCUUGGGUGUGAGCUCCUCUGAGGGCCCCAUGCAAAGACCACAGAGCCAUGUUUUUAUUUUGUGGAGACCAGCAGAGUGGAGGUCUGUCUCAUCUUCAAAGGGAGAAUAAUCCACAAGGUGGGGUAGGGGCAACAGCAGAGAAGGCUCUCCUCAUAGACCCCACCAGUUGGAUUUUUUUAUCUGAAAGGUCUACGAAAUAACUUCCCUGUUGACCAGUAUGGGCUGAUAUAAGGGACAAACAUUAUUCCAUAAGUAGCCUCGCCCCAUGCCAUGUAGGGCUUUAUAAAUCAUAACCAACAUCUUGAAUUGGACCUGGAAGAAAACUGGCACUCAAUGCAGCUCGUGGAGCAAAAUUAUUACAUGCGCUUUUUUGGGAAUCUAGAAUUGCACUGAUGGGAGCAGGAGAGGGGGGCGGCCUUUGAGUAAUGUUUUCAUUAACUAGGAGUGUUUUUUAUCAAUGUUUCUGUUCUUUGAAGUAACAAGCAAGAAUGUGAUUUCUGAUAUAAACCAGUUCAGACUUGCUAAAGUCAAGAUGGCUGUGAAGAUUUGAACUUUACUUGUGAACUGAUUAUAAUGUGGGAAACAUGCCUCCUGAAUAUGAAAUUGAGUGUUAACAAGAUCAUACUGAGUAUUAUGGGAUGCUAUGAAAUGUUAUAUGGUACUGAGCAUGCUCACAAGAUCAGAGACAAGUUAAAUGAUACUAACCAAUAAAGGAAUACAUUCCAAAGACAUAUGUUUGAACUGUAUACAGGUAGUCCUCGACUUACGACCACAAUUGAGUUCAAAAUUUAUGUUGCUAAGCAAAACAUUUGUUAAGUGAAUUUUAUCCCAUUUUAAGACAUUUCUUGCCAUAGUUGUUAAGUGAAUCACUGCAGUUAUUAAGUUAGUAACACAUUUGUUAAGUAAAUCUGGCUUCCCCAUUGACUUUGCUUAUAAGAAGAUCACAAAAGGACACUGAAACCCUCAUACAUAUGAGUCAGUAGUAGCCAAACAUCUGAAUUUUGAUCUCAUGACUGGGGAUGCUGAAAUGGUCAUAAGUGUGAAAAAUGGUCAUAAAUCACUUUUUUCAGUGCCAACUGGUCACUAAAUGAAUUGUUGUAAGCCAAGGACUACCUGUAUAAGGUGAUCUCCUAUCUUUUUAAGGAGUCUCUCACUUUGUAUCCACAGAGGUGUCUCCUUGUUUAUGCAUAAAUAAGUACUAAUCUACCUUUCCCGCUCAGAUCCUAUUUGUGCAAAGGCACACUGGGCUAAAGAAUCUUGCCAAUGUUUACAACUUUGUGUACACAACUUUGUGGCACAGCCACAUUCUGCAUCAGUUGAAACUUCCAGACAUUUUUCAAGGGUAGCCCAAUGUAGAGCACUUUGCAAUAGGGCAUAAAUGACCGGAAAGCCUCCCUAUUUCAGGAAAGGGUGUAAAUGGCAUACAGCAAACCCUCCUGGCCAUAGUUGCCACCUGUUCUUCCAACAGGAACUGUAAAUCCAAAAUGACCCCAGGUUAUGUGCGGGGUCUGUGGGGCAUGGUACAACCCCAUCCAAGACCAAAGGUGCUAAAUUCCUGGCCACAGAAGGGCUGCCUCUGCCUUCAGGGCUACUGCUCCAUGGUAUUUUCUUUGUUUUUAGCCGGGAUGCCCCUUGGAAUAAAUCUGGGCAAGAACAAGUGUUCUGUGGAUGCAGCUGCUGACUACGUUGCAGGCGUUCGUGUUUUGGGUCCGCUGGCUGAUUACGUGGUGGUGAAUGUUUCCAGCCCAAACACGCCAGGAUUGCGGGCUCUGCAGGGCAGAGCAGACUUGCACCUCCUACUUACAAAGGUUCUUGCUGAGCGGGAUUCCCUCCCAGGUAAGCACAAACCGGCUGUGCUGGUGAAGAUUGCACCAGACCUGACAAGCCAAGAGAAACGGGACAUUGCCAGGAUUCUGGGCAUUGAUGGACUGGUGGUAACUAACACUACCGUGAGCCGUCCUGAGACCCUUCGUGGGGCUUCUUGCAAUGAAGUGGGAGGGCUAAGUGGGGCUCCCUUACGACAGCUCUCCACCCAGAUGGUCAGCGAUAUGUAUUCUCUCACCCAAGGGCGCAUACCAAUCAUUGGAGUGGGUGGAAUCUGCACUGGCCAGGAUGCCUUGGAGAAAAUACGGGCAGGUGCCUCCUUGGUCCAGAUGUAUACAGCGCUCACAUACCAUGGACCACCUGUGGUGGGUACCAUAAAGCAGGAGCUUGAGGCCCUACUGAGGUCCUCCAGCAAGAAGAAAGGUUGGGGAAGAAAAAAACAGAAAGAAAAGAGAGAAAAAAGUAAAAAAAGGCAAAAAGAAUAAUCCAAGUCCUAUCCAAAUCCAAAACUCAAUCUUUGAUGUCCUGCUCAGAAUUUUUCAUACUUCUUUACUUCAGGUUCUUCUAACCUUAAUCCAAAUAACCUCUGGAAGAGGUUUGUAAAUAAAAUUUUGUAAUCACCACAGGAAUGAGAAAAAAAGAAAGAAUAAAAGCCCUAUUCCAAAGUGCCAGUGUAGAUUUCCUUUGUCUGUCUCUGUCCCUGUCAUUUUGUCUUUUGCUUUUUAGAUUCCAAGAGUUACACAGUACUCAAAGAGAAAAAAAAUCUCCAGUGUUUCACUCCGUAUCUUGAAUUGUUUAGUCAAAACAACUGCUUAUCAAUUUAGUUCGCAGGCUUUCUUAACCCCCAAGGUUACAUUUCAUCUCUGUUGAUAUGUCUUCCAAUUUUAACCUUUGCCUGUAGGUGGCACUGUUGCUUUAUUUCUCUCUCCUUCCCCUCUUUACAGUAGGGUCACAGCAAGUUAAAGUCCAAUCUUAAUAAAAAGUUCCAAAAAAAUUCAUACAAUCAUGUAUUCUUUAGUCAAUAAUCCCCAAUUUAAAUAUUGAAGUAUCCAGUCCAGAUCCAGCCUUUACUCUUCAGCCCAAUCUUUAUAAGCCAAUUUUUCUCUCAUUCCUUUAUUUUCUUGGCUCCACCCACCUUCCUUGUUGCCAUUCUUCCAGAGGUGGAAUAGGUAAAACACCCAAUUCCACCUCCUUCUUUGAGGUCACGCUCUCCUAUGCUAUUCCAAAGAGGUUCUUCUUUAAUCCAGUUUUAAAGGUAAUAAAAACUAUUCAAAAUGUCUCACCCGGACCGAUCGCAUCUUCCUUUAGCUUCUGCACUCUGCAGUGGCUGCCCUGGGUUCGUAGCGACUCGUAAUGGUAGCCUUCCCAGCUGUCUGUUUAGGGAGCUUUUCCGGCUCUAUCAGGGAAUUUGCGAGUUCCCUGAGAUCCACAGAGUGUGCUCCCUUUCCUACGAGACAACUCGGGUCCAAAAGGACCACCUAACAGCUGGGAUAUCGACAGUGCCCCCAGAGCCCCCAAAUGAUCCGUCAUUUUGCUGCGACGCUAGCCCCUCCCCUCCCUAGAAAGCUAAGUUUCUUUUGGUCCAUGGUUAGAUCUAAAAUACGAGACUCUGUCAUUUGCUCUAAAACAAUUGGAUUUAAGCUGUGUUUUUGUUACUUUGAAAUUAAGAUGUUGUGUCGUGUACUAUCUAUUAGGUAAAACUAGGCUCUCUUUCUUCUACAAUUGCUUCUCUUGGUAGACAGUCCCUGUUUCUGAUAAUCAGCAUACUAACACUUAAUUUAGAAUUUAAAAGUAUGGAGAAACCAGGACUUGAAUAAAUCUUUAUUUAAUAUAAAUAUAAAUAUAAACAAUAAAAUAAAUAUUAAUUGAUUUAAAAAUUGCCCCUAAAUACUUAUAAGGUCAGGAGGAUAGCACCCCAUCAGCCAGGUGAGCCCUAAUGGCAGGGAAGGUUCAUGUUCCAGAGUUGAACUCAUAGGAAACUGUGAAAAAAGGCAAAUCCCCCCCCCCUUUGGAAUCUUCACUCAGUGGAAUCUUUAAUCAAUAUUGGAAAAUUAAGGGUUGUACUUAGUGUCAUUGGAGAGGAAGAGACUACUAGAGUAAGGAAGUAUACAAUGAGGAAUAUACAUUGAAACGGGUGAAAUGCUCCCAGUUUGGACUGGAUUGCCUGAUCCAAUAGCAAUGGCGGUGGGUGGUUCGGAGAACCGGUAGCAAAAAUCUGCUCCCCCCCCCAUGCCCAGCUGAGCUGCGUGAUCAUCAGUUGGUUUUUUUAACUUUUAAAAGCAUUUUUUUUUACAACCUCUUCGGUGGAAGACAUUGUAGAAAAAAUAUUUUUAAAAGGUUCUGGUGAUCAGGCAACUCAGCUGGGAUCCUCAGAACCCUUUAAAAGCUUUUUUUCCCUCUGGGGAUCCGAGCUGAGUUGCCUGAUCAUCACAGGCUUUUAAAAGCAUUUUUUUACAGCUGAAAAAUGGCCGAAGAGGUUGUAGAAAAAAAUGGUUUUAAAAGUAAAAAAAAAAAAAGUUGGCCACACCCACCCAGUCACAUUAUCCCACCACCACCAAGCCACGCCCACAGAACUGGUAGUAUUUUACAUUUCAUCCCUGAACUGAAAGGAAUUAGGUUCUUGCAUGGGGUAUAAACUAAUUAAGGAAGUGGAGCUUGUGGAGCAAAGAAACACAUUUAGGAAAAGGUAGUUAACAAAGGUUGAUAUUUUCCUUUUUAUCCCCAAGUGCCAGAAUAAGAGUUCACAUAAUUCUAUUUGCCUU